CUUGCCUUCCGACAUGGCCUGAGACAUGGCCGCCCCCGCCCCCGAAAGCACGAUCGCUAGCGGCUGGUUGAGCAAGCGGAGUUCGCAGAGCCGGCGGACACCGUUCAAGGUCUGGCGGUCACGCCUCAUUACCGUCGAUAAUGUGGACGGCAAGCCACGCGUAUGCUGGCGGAAGCGAGAGGGCGGCGAGGUGUGCGGCGAGGUGUUCCUCACCGAAUUGUCGACGGUCGUGAGCCAGCCGACUGGUGAGCCAGAAAUUGGCGCCCUCUCGAUCGACGGGCCUCACCGCACCUUGCUGCUGCGCGGCACGGCCGCGACAGUACUGGCCAUCGAAAAGGCGCUCGAAAAGGCAGACACGCCGCGGGAGGAGGCGGCGAUUCGGCGACAGGCGGAAUUUGCGCCGCGGGAGGCUGCGCUGGCGGAACGUGAGACAGACUUGGCGGCGCGCGAGACGGACGUGGCGGCGCAGCGUGGCAUCGUGCUGGCGCAAAAUGCGGCGUUCGAGGCGCGGGACGCAGCGCUGGAGGCCAAGGAGUCGGCAGCACAGACACACGAAGCGGACCUAGCUGAGAGACAGGCGGCGGCGGAGACGAGAGAAGCGGACCUGGCGGCGAGGGAGGCGGCGGCGGAGACGAGAGAAGCGGACCUGGCGGCGAGGGAGGCGGCGGCGGAGACGAGAGAAGCGGACCUGGCGGCGAGGGAGGCGGCGGUCCAGGAGCAGGAGGCUGCGUUGGCGGUGUCGGCGGCUCAGCGGCGCAUAGAGGCGGCGGCUGCUGCUGCGGCUGCUGCUGCGGCUGCUGCUGCUGCGGCGGCACCUGCUGCGGCUGCUGUGGCUGCGUCAGAGGGCACGGGGGCGGGCCUGGCCGCCGAGACGGUGUGGCGCGACGCGAGCGGCGGACCUCCGCGCAUCGGGGAGCCGCUGCUCAGUGCAGACGCGCCAGUGUACCGCGACCGGCUCGCCCGCGCCCGGCUCGCAAAGGACCCCUCCCUCGAGCCCGAGGUGGUCGUGCCGCCGCCGCCGGCCGAGCGGGCAGCCGCAGCGGAGCGGCUGGCCGCUCGACGGCUCGAGGAGGUCGAGGCUGCGCGGGCGGUGGCGGCGGCGGCGCAGGAGGCGGCGACCGCGGCGGAGGCGCGCGCCGCGUCGCGCGCGGAGGAGGCGGAGGCCCGAGCGGCGGCGGCAGCUACCAAGGCGGCGGCUGCCACCGCCAAGGCCGAGGCGGCGGCGCGGCUGGCGGAGGCGCGGGCGCAAGCCGCCGAGGCGGCGCUGGCCGGCGAGCGAGCCGCAUCAGAGCAAGCCGCCGCGGAGGCGGCGGUGGCGGCGGCGGCGGCGCUCGAGCGGGCGGAGCGGUUGGCGACGGAGGAGAAGGGGAGCGGGGCGGAGGCGGAGGCGGAGGCGAAGGCGAAGCGGCGAGCGGUGGAGGCAGCCAUGGAGGCGGCGGCGUGGGAGGAGGCGGCGAGGGAGGCGGCGGCGGGAGGCCGCGAGUUUGGCAAGGGCGGGGCGGAGAGGCAGGGCGCAGGUGCUCUCUCUCUCCCUGCCUCUCUCUCU